CUUUCUCCCACAGAGCUGCUGAGUAGGUUCGAACCACCAACCUGUCAGAUAGUAAGUGAGUGUUUAACCGUUGCACCACCAGGGCUCCUUUUUCUACAUAAGAGAGAUUAUUAUAAUUUACUUCUGAUUAUCUCUAUAUUAUAGUGAUCGAACUGCUAUCAAAAGUAAGGUGAGGAAGAACAACACAGACAGACAAAUAGCAAACAUUGGUCAAAGAAGCAUGAAAAUACAUUGUGUGCUGGGAAUGCCAAAUAGUUCAUGGUGGCCAGAUCAUAAACGUAGAAUGAUGUGAAACUGGAAGGUGAAUUGGGGCCAUAUUAUGAAGGGCCAUCCUUAUCUGCUGUGUUAAGAAGUUUGAACUUUAUUUGUAGAUAAUUGGUAACCGUGGAAGGAUUUUAAACUGGGACAUGUUUAAAAAGUUUUGGUAGCACUAGGGAGGCAGGAUUGAAGACCGUCAGGGAGACUAGUAAGGAGCUAUUGAUUGAAUCUGUGAUUGGCUUAACUAAGGGCAAAGGACAUGAUGGAAUGAAGGGGCAAAAGAUGGAACUUGGAUAGUAUAGUUUGGGUGUGGGAAUUAAGAUCAAAGGAAGACCUAAAACAACUUUAAUGUUCUAGUUUGAUUGAUGUAGGGCGUAAUGAUGAUUUUAAUUCAUGACAGGGAACAAAAGGGUAAAUAGCAGCAUGCUUGAGGAAAUAGUUUUGGAUGUGUUGAAGUGUCCAUUGAACUUUCAGGUGUAGAUUCUAACAUGCUGUUAUAGUCUAGCUUUGCCUUGGUGUUACUGAGUCCAGGGCAAGACGAUAUGCCUUAGCCUACUUUUCUUGAGCACAUAAGUUCACGUUUGUCAGAUAUAUUUUCAGUUACAUCUUACUUCAGAAUAAUUGCUGGAAUAGUUAGCUGUAGCUUGUUUGGUGGUAAGGUAUAUUUUAUUGAUGAAUUGUAGAUUCAUGAGUGAGGGAAAACAAAGACUUUCACGUGCAUUCAAGUCUGCUGUAGUUGAACUGACAGCAUUACGGAGUUAAAAUUUAAACUUACUUGAACUACUAAUAUAUAAUUUUAAAAAACCUAUACAACCUGGGAGCUUCUUCCAAGGUGUAUCAUUUUUCCUUCUUCCUACUAUAGAAGAAAGAAAAGCAUACUUAAUGGGUUUUAAAAUUGUGCAUGUGCCAGUGUGGGUGUGUAUUUUGCCAUUGAUUGCACUGAGAAUGUGUAGCAUUUAAAAUAAUCAAUGUAUAUGAUAAACAUUAGGAUACAAAAGUGUGCCUUAAAAAAAGAAUAACUACUUCCUAAAGUGAUUCGUUGUUAAUUCAUAGUCAUAAAUAUGAAAGAUAGCAAGAGACCUGCUAGAUCUCAGCAGGGUUGUUCCUGGCACAAGUGUAUUUUAUUAUUCUCUUGGGUUGGCUUGAAUUAUUUGGUGUUUUCCUGUUGGUAGAGAAAGGGAUUAUGCUUUGAAGAAGUCAGGGGAGGAAGUGCAGAAGAACAAAAAAAUACCAAAUGGCAACUUAGAUCAAUCUUAAUUUUUCACAGCUUGGCCUUCUCUAAAGUCACAUUUAACAGAAACAUUAAUUAGAUUUCAGUGCCCCACUGAGUUUUAAAAUUAAACAUAUUUCUGGAACCAUCUGUAACAUUUUAUCACUAAUAGUAUAAUGAAGAAUACACUUAGUCUUUUGAAAAAUGGGAAUUAUAACAGAAUUAUCUUUUACUCACGAGUGAUCACCUUUUAUUAUGAAAGACUCAUCAAACUUUUUAAGAGUUAAGAAGUAAUUUAAGAGUUUUAAGAAUAUACCUAAAAAUAAAAUUAUAUUGAUGAGAAACUUUCUAAAUUAAAGAUUUUCUUUGGGAUUUUUAUGCUUCUUUUAGACCUAAAAAUAUUGAUGGUGGACAUACGCCAUCUGCCAACAUAAUACCUGCUUGAGUCAGUCCAGUGUGGUGGCUAAGAGUGCAGGCCCUGGAGCCAGGCUGCCUAGCUUUGAAUCCCUCUUCUACCACUUACUAGCAAAAGGCCCUGGAAAUUGAAAGAACUACUAAAUGGCUGAAAAUGCUAAAAGGAUGGGAAAAAUACAAGAACACUGAGAAGUUUCAUAGAAGAAUUUACAAAGGAAUUCCACUCCAGCUGAGAGGUGAAGUCUGGGCUUUACUUCUUGAGAUCCCUAAAAUGAAAGAAGAAACAAGAGAUCUUUAUAGUAAAUUAAAACACAGAGCACGAGGUUGUUCACCUGAUAUCAGACAAAUUGACCUUGAUGUCAACCGCACAUUUAGGGACCAUAUUAUGUUUAGAGACAGAUAUGGUGUUAAGCAACAAUCCUUAUUCCAUGUUCUUGCUGCAUAUUCUAUUUAUAAUACGGAAGUUGGAUACUGUCAGGGAAUGAGCCAGAUCACAGCUUUACUCCUUAUGUAUAUGAACGAAGAAGACGCCUUCUGGGCCCUGGUCAAACUAUUCUCAGGCCCCAAACAUGCCAUGCAUGGCUUUUUUGUUCAAGGUUUUCCUAAACUCUUGAGGUUCCAAGAACACCAUGAAAAAAUACUGAAUAAAUUUCUGUCCAAGCUUAAGCAACACUUGGAUUCUCAAGAAAUCUACACGAGUUUUUACACAAUGAAAUGGUUUUUUCAGUGUUUUCUUGAUCGUACUCCAUUUACACUAAACCUAAGAAUAUGGGAUAUUUACAUUUUUGAAGGAGAUCGAGUUCUUACUGCUAUGUCUUAUACAAUCUUAAAAUUACACAAAAAACAUCUAAUGAAAUUGUCUAUGGAAGAACUUGUAGAAUUUCUUCAAGAGACCCUGGCAAAGAAUUUUUUCUUUGAAGAUGAUUUUGUAAUAGAGCAACUUCAGAUUUCUAUGGCAGAACUAAAACGAGCGAAAUUAGAUCUUCCAGAACCUGGUAAAGAGGAUGAAUAUCCCAAGAAACCUUUGGGGCAACUUCCACCUGAAAAUCAGUCUGCUGGUGUUAAUCACCUGAGCAACGGACAACGAAGUGUUGGCAAGUCAAGUCCCCAUACAGGCAGCAGAAGAGAAGGUGGCACAUCUCCUCACAAAAAACAUGAGCAUUCCCCUCGCCAUCAAAGUAGAAUUGGCACACCAGAAAGAGUAAGGCAGCCAAGGCGGAAAUCUGUGGAUGAGGAUAUUAAAAAGCUAAAAAGUGAGGCAGAUUUUGAAGGAAAACUUCCAUCAGUUCCCCAUGACAAUUCUAAGCAAUAUAUUAAUGCAGCUGCUAAUCAUAAUAGCAAUGCUACUUCAAAGAUCAGAAAGGAAUUUGUGCCCAAAUGGAAUAAACCUUCAGAUAUUUCAGCUGUUGAAAAAACUGCCAAAUACGCCAUUGAAGGCAAAAGUAGAUUAGCAAACCCUACACUUACCAUCCCAAGUUCUACUGAUACCCGAAUAUCAAAUGUAAGGCAAAAGAUUAAGGUUUUGGAUGCUGAUGAAGGGAAACGUGGCUCCAAUGCAUCACAGUAUGACAAUGUACCUGGAGCUGAAAAUGAAAAUGGAGCUUCUGUUGAAGAGGCACUAGAAAGGGCUUACUCUCAAAGUCCAAGGAAUCUUGUUCAUUCUAACAGUCCAAGAAAGUAUGCUGAGUCACGUUCGAUUCCACCAAAAGUAUCAAACAAUUUUACUUUUAAAGUACAGCCUCCAAGUUACGGAAGAUAUCCACCUCAGUUAGAUGGAGAAGAUCAUGAGACAGUACAUCCACCAUCCUAUAGUAAUCCCCCGAUUUACCAUGGAAAUUCUCCAAAACACUUGCCUACUGCUAACAGCAGCACCGUGUCUCCCCAGGUUAGCCAUGGGACUCAAAUUAAUCCUUCUAGGAGACCUUAUGGUUCUACUCUCUCUAUAGAUACUUCUCCAGAGAAAUCCUACAGCCGCCCAGCUCCUCUUGUACUCCCAUCUAGUCGAAUAGAAGUUCUUCCUGUUGAUAUUGGUGCUGAGGGAUAUUCAAGGUCACCAAAGAAUGGAAAAUUUAUCAUUCCUCCCGUGGAUUAUUUGCCAGAUAACAGAAAAUGGUCAGAAGUUAGUUACACAUACAGACCUGAGAUACAGGAACAAUCAUGGCAUCAAGAUGCUAACCGCAGCCACUUAAGCAAUUUACCAAAAUAUUCGGCCUUUCAACACGUAACCUUUCAGGACCAUAACCUCCCAGCGGUUUCAGUGGAUAGCCCUGUGCGGUAUAGAACUUCGCCAGCUUUAGAAGAUGCCAAUCCAUCUCCGUUUCAAUAUUCAGGGCCCUCGCCUCCAGCAUAUCACUACAGAAAUCGGGAUGGACUGUCUAUUCAAGAAUCAGUAUUGCUGUGAGAAUUUUAUCUAUACUUGCUAAAGACACUAGAACAGAAACCAUACGAAACCUACAUUGCUGUGUUUAUAAUUGCCAAAGCAGUAUUUUAUACGAUUGUAAACAACUAGCACAAUUCUCAUGUAUGUUAGUAAUAAUAAUAUAUGGAAAUAUUUUCAUCCCAUGUAGAUGCUGCUUAAGGUGAGCGUUUUAAAUUGCAUCAUCACUGAACCUGUUAAACGGAAUUUAACAUGGAAGCAUAGCAAUAGCAUUUAGGGAUGCACACACAGUGAUAAUUCAUUACUCAGUUUCAUUUAUAUCUUUCUCCAAAACCUGACCGUUUUUACUCUAUUGGCCCAUUCUAUUUUGAGUAAUGUUACAAAGCACCGAAAAACCGCAUAGAAUAGAUAUUUUUAAGGCCACAUGGAGCAUAUGUGUCCUUUAAUAGAUAAUUGUAGGCAUCUGUGCAUACACAUUUGAACACAGAACUAAGGAAAUGUUAAAAUGACUACUUUUAAUCUAGAUCCGUGGAAUAAUUUGCUUUUCUUGCUUUCCUUAGCUUGUCUUUUAGUCAUUUUUCCCCCUCUUUUUAACCUAGGCCCUAAAACUGACUAAAGAGAUUCCCUGGCUUUAUUAAUUCAACAUCUCACAGAACGGUCAUCAGUCUCCUUCAGCUGCUGCCAUUUUCUUUCAAUAUGAAAAUUAAAGACAUUGGAGGGAAAGGCUAACCACUUAAUGGUGCUUAAAAAUUGGGGCAGUUGAAGUAAGUUAUGGUCAAGGGCGCAGCUCUCAUUGUAUCCAUUUGCACUGAGAUCAGUUUUAGUGCUUUCGCACACUUUGUUCUGGUCUGCCUCUUGAAAAGCUCAGAGCAGAAUAUUCCUUGCCAGAUCCAGAGGAAAUGCUGCAAUACAGCUCUCCAGCAAAUGUCAGCAGGAGAAGUUGCAACUUACUGAUCUUCAAGCCCUCACAAGGGGCAGCAGAAUGAACUCCUUUAAAAUUAUUUCGAAAUCAGGAUUAAUACUUCUUCUGUCCCUUAAAUUCUCACAGGGCUUCACCACAGAGGGCCCCAGGGUGGUCAUUUACACCAUCUUUUUCUGGCACUCUUUCUUUAAAGAAUGUAGUCAAUGGAUGUUGCUGCACUAUCGGGCCAUUAAAUUAUCAUUGUGUAAAACUGUAAAAAAUGAUCCCACCUAAUUAUUAAUAGGAAUCUAAGAUUUUGGUUUUUAAGAAAAAAUAGUAUGACUUUCAUACUUUGUGAAAACCCUGUUUUUCUCUUUCAGUAAAAAAAAAAAAAAAA